UGGUCUCCAAAGCAAAACCCAUUCAAGGAAUAGAGUUUGUAGGGGGAGACAUGUUUGAAAGUGUUCCAACCGGUGAUGCCAUCCUUAUGAAGGAGAUACUUCAUAAUUGGAGUGAUGCAGAUUGUAUAAAAUUAUUGAAGAAUUGUUGGAAAGCAUUGCCAAACAACGGGAAGAUAAUUGUUGUAGAGCAAGUUAUUCCAGAAACCUCUCAAAAUGCUAAUGAAUUAAAGAAUGCUUUUCUUCUAGAUAUUAUUAUGUUGGCUUUCAGUGUUGGAGGGAAAGAAAGGUCUAAAAAGGAGUAUCAGUUUCUUGCCAAAGCCGGUGGCUUCUCAAGGUUAAAAAUCGUGUGUAAUAUCUAUGGCUUUUCCGUCAUGGAAUUCUAUAAAUAGCUGCAAUUUGUAUCACAUGGCAUAUUAAAGCUCUUACAUAGUUUUCCUGAUAUCUGUUUUUGUAUUUUUUGUUGUUCCAAUAAAAAAAAAAUCAUGAU